CUGUUUUCUUAUAUUUGACAGUCGAAAUAGUUGUCAUUUUUACAUAAAAUAUUGAUAUUUACAUUAAUUUUACAAUGUUAAAAUUGAAAUUUGUAAUAUUUAUAAUAUUAUUUACAAGUUGGAGCCUUAACGUCGAAUUAAAUGAAGUUGAUACAAACAGUGAUUUAAUGGAAAAAUUAAAAGAUACGCCGUUACGAGCGAGUUAUAGACAUAAACAUAAAAAUAAAAUGGGUUCGACUCGUCACGGGGUGAGAAAGCGUCUAGCGGAAACGGAAAACGAUAUACGAACAUCGGAAGAUCCUCAAUGCGCCAUUUUGUAUAAAAACAAUGCGCCCGUUGGGAUAUUGGAGCCGUUUCAAGAUUCGUAUAAAUUUUUGUCGGUAAAAGGGGAACCGACAUUCGUAAAUAUUCAUCCGAUUUUUUCGGAUUAUUCACUAGACGAAGAAUCUGACGAUAAUAAAGGAAAAAGGGCCAACCGAGCUUCGUUUUCCGACGAAAACUACCCGUCUAUAUUCACAAAAUUCCGAUUACACAACAGUAAAGAUUUAUCGAAACGUCGUAUGAUGUAUAAACGCGAAAACGACGAAAAUCCAACGGACUCAAAUCAGGUUAUAAGAGACGCCGUCGGUGCGUCCGGAAUCGAAGAGAAAUUGCAAUCGGUUUUGGACGAUAUGGGAUUGUUGGACGAAUAUUCGGACGAAAACGUCAAAAGAGACGUGGAAGACGAAAAUUUAGAACUGGGAACCAAUAGAAUCGAUCUUAUAAAAGAGGGGAAGGGUCGAGCUAGAAGAGACGAUCAAAUCGACGUAGAUUUAACCGCCGGCGGUUUAAACGGCACCGAUUUAAACGAUUUACAAAAAGGAAAUGACAGUACGGGAUUUGACAACAACUCCGAAAUUUUGAAUUUGAAUAUGAACGAUACGAAAACGUCGACGGAAGACGUAAAAAUUUUCAAAAGAUCGAACGAUUGCAAAGAAAAAUUAUCGCCGAAAGUGCUCGAAUACGAAAAGCGCGUCGAACGCGACAUAAGGGAUAAAAUAAAAAAAAUAAAAGAAGAAGUGACCAGAGAAAUCGAUAGCGCGGCCGACGAUCCGACCAGACAGAAAAGACAGAUCUUCAAUACUCUAUUGGAGGAAGAGACCAAAGAAAUCGAUCCGAAUUUUAAUACGGAAGAAAACGGCAAAAUCCAUAUACGCAAAAAGAGGAACGCGAAUUAUAAAACGGAGGAUUACGAUAACAGAUCGAAGAGAAACGACGACGUUUCGAAUCUGGACAACAAUGAAGACGAAGCGUUUACCGAUAACGAAAAUGCCGAAGAAUUGGACGAUUGUUAUUGUGACGAAAGCGACAAUGAUUGCGAAUGUUUGAUAGACCCUGUAUCAUCGAACAUUGUCGCAGAAGAAGAAGAAGAAGAUUUACCGAUAAAAUAUACGAGCAAAAAAGCCGUUAAGCAAUUAUGCAAUUGCGAUAAAGACGGCAAUCACUGCAAAUGCAGUAACAGCGAACAAAAUUUCGAUUAUUACGAAGACGAAAUCGAAUCGAAAUCAAUCGAUAAAAAAUCGAUUGAAUCAACUUGUAAUUGCGAUAAGAACGACGAAAAUUGUAAAUGUAGGAAUCUAAUAGACGACGAUUAUUCCAUGUACGAAGAAGACGAAAACGGAAUGAAAAAAAGAUCGGUAAAAGCUAGAAAAUUCGCAGACGCUAAAUCGUUUCAAAAUGGCGAAUAUUUCGUAGAUCUACAGCCGGAUUUGUAUCGAAUCGAAUCUAUAGACGAAUCUAGGAAUAAAAGAAACGAUUUCGAUGAUUUAUUGGAAAGGGAAUCGGCGAGAAAACAAUUGAUAGCCGUUAAACAAAGAAGUAUGUUACCGUUAUCGAGAUACAGAAGAAGAACGUACAAAGAAGAACCGCGAAAACUCACCGAUAUGUCAGGAGAAGAUUUGUUCGGAGCUCUUCCGCAAAGUUUCGGCGGAGAAUUGAACAGAUAUAAGAGAGUCAAAAGGAGUAAGAGGAAAAAAUGAUGAUCCGAAUUAUCUCUAACAUUAAUUAACUGUGAAAUCUCUAUUCUAAGAUGUAUAAUUGAAUUUAGCUUUUAAUUAUGUUAUAUUUUAUCUUUUUCUCAGUGUAUAGCUUCACCGACACUCCCUAGUAAUCUUAGUGUACUUAACGUUCUCUAGGAAAGUUUUUGCGUUACGAAUUUGGUGAUUUUAGACCUACAGCUGCUAUAUACAACUAUACAGCUUUUUAUUGACUCACUUUUGUGUGCAAACAAGUCAAAUUGUUUCCAGCCAAGUUUCUAAGAUUACAAAAAUAGUUAAACAGAAGUUUUUAGGUCAGUGACUGUAUAGUUUUCGAUAAUAUUGGACCUACAGCUGCUUUAUAUGACUAUACAGUUGUUUAUUGAUUCAUUUUAGUGUGCAAAUAGAUCAAAUUGUUUCCAGCUAAGUUUGCAAUACUUCAAAAGUAGUUAAACACAAGUUUUUAGGUCAGUGACUGUAUAGUUUUCGAUAAUAUUGGACUUACAGCUGCUUUAUAUGACUAUACAGUUGUUUAUUGAUUCAUUUUAGUGUGCAAUUAGAUCAAAUUGUUUCCAGCUAAGUUUGCAAUACUUCAAAAGUAGUUAAACACAAGUUUUUAGGUCAGUGACUGUAUAGUUUUCGAUAAUAUUGGACCUACAGCUGCUUUAUA